AUACAGUCGUAAACAUGACGUCACCACAACAAUUUAGUUUUUAAUUAAUUACUCCCUAAUUAUAAAGUAAUAUAAAAUUACAAGAAUUAAAUAUUUUAGCUCAGAAUUGAAAAAUAAAGAAACAAUCUGGAAAAGGAAAAACUAAGUACAAGGGAAUAGUGAUUCACAAAGUCAGAGUAAAGUGAUUACUACGCUUACAUAAAUUAUCUUCUUUUUUAAUUUAUAAUACAAAAUGGAAAGAAAUACUGAGUUGCGAAAAUUACCAAUGGGAUCACUUUAUAAUAUUAUUAAUAUAUUGGAGAUAAAUGAUUCGUGGCAGAAAGUUAUGGCUUGGAUACCUACAAAUCCUCAAAGUGAUCAUUUUCAUCGGAAGUAUAACAGCGAGCAUUUGAGGAUGAUACAAGAUGAUGCAAAAAUUUCAAAACGAACAUGUUCUGAAAUUCUCUUUGACGAAUGGAGUACGUCAGGUAGGAUCAGACCUACAGUUGCAACACUCUUAGAUGUGCUUGUGAAAGCAGAAAUAUAUAGAGCUGCUGAUGAAAUUGCCAAUAUUUUGGGUGAGCCUCUACCUCCUAGACCGUUAGAAGGUCCUGCUGCGAAAAUAGAUACAAAUGUAACAUUUAUGCUGAAUGGAGAGAGUAUGCCAUUAGAUGGCAGUGACGUUAAUUUAAAGGACAACCAAAAUUUGGAUACUAAAAAUACAAAUCAACAUCCAGAUUUACAUAACAGAACAACUAAACAACUGAAAUCUGCCGACCCUUUGAUAAUCUUUAGUAAUGACAAUAUUAGUAACGGUCCUAAAGAUUCAAAAUCAUUUGGACACAAAACCACAGCACAAGUAAUAUCUUAUGAAAGAAAUUCAGCAUACAGGUCAACGUUACGAACAGAAGAACUGCCAAAUAUUUCUGCUUUGAUGGGCACAUCAGUUAAUUCCUCACAGUCGUACGGUACGACACAAUCUACUGAACUAAAGGAAACAAGACGAUCACUAUCUAGCAACAACAUAUCAAUUUUAUCUGACGAUAGCAUGCGCAGUGUUAUAGAUUCAAAAAUAUUAGAAGACGAAAAUUUGAUAUCAUUCGAUUAUAAUCAAUUAGCUGCGAUUACUAAUAAUUUUUCUGAAGACCUUAAUGAAGGUCGGACAGGACUAUCUGGGAAGAUAGGAGGAGGUGGUUUUGGUGAAGUAUUUGUUGGUACUCACAAUAGAUAUGGACAGUUGGCUGUUAAGAAAGUAAAGUGUUACCUUCAGUUUAAUUACAAGCAUGAUGUGGCUAUAAGGUUAUUUAACGCUGAAGUCAAAUCUUUAUCGCAAUUAAGACAUAAAAACAUAGUACCUAUUUUUGGAUAUUCUAUUGAUGGACCGACGCCAUGUAUAGUUUGCAAGUACAUAGAUGGUGGUUCUCUAAUGGAAAAAAUUGCUGCAAAAGUACUGAACGAAAACCAGAGACUCGAGAUAAUUUCGGGGACAGCAGAGGGACUAAAGUAUGUGCAUAACACUGUAAAGCCGAUUGAAGUAAAUGGAGAUGUCAGCCCUAUCACAACUUUUUACAUACACGGUGAUGUGAAAAGUGCUAAUAUUUUAUUGACUAAAGAUUGCAAACCGAUGCUUUGUGACUUUGGCCUGGCGAAGCAACUAGAAUCUACACGUGUAACUAGUAUGAUGAUGGGGACAUCAGCCUACAUGCCUCCGGAAGCAAUAAAAGGGACUUUAACAAAAAAAACGGAUGUUUACAGCUUUGGUAUAGUUCUACUUGAAUUGCUUACAGGCUUGAAGCCAAUUGUUGUGGAUAGCAAUGGAAAUUUAAAUAUAAAAGAUUAUGUUGAACAAGUAAUGAACGAGAAUAAAGACAUCACACAGCUUUUAGAUAUGGUUGUUGAAAGGUGGACCAGGGCACAGGGCAUUUAUGAAUUAGCUAAGAGAUGUCUGUCAGAUAAUAGAGAUAAUAGACCUUCAAUUGACGAAGUUUGUGAAACUUUGGAAAAAAUGAUAAAUCAAGAGUCGUAUGAAAUCUUGUAUGCACAUGUUUAAAAAUGAGUUAAAAGUUAUUGAAAACUACGAUGAGUGUGAUUUAAGCAAACCAACAAAACAAA